GAGUUGCGAGAAGACACGUGCACGGAAGGAGCAAGCAGUAGCGGGCGGCAGAGCUGGAAUAUAAGGGGCUAGUGGUAAAAGGAUCUGAUGGAGGGGUGGCGAAAGGGGUAGAGGGCAGCGGACGGCCCCUAAACGGAGGGCGGCUUGGAGGUCCCGGCUGGCUCUCCGCACCUUCGGUGCUGUGCUGGUUCCACAACUCCUGGAUACGCGAGUUUAGGUAGCUAUUCGUCAUCAUGCUUAAAGCUGUGAUCCUGAUUGGAGGCCCUCAAAAGGGGACUCGCUUCAGGCCUUUGUCUUUUGAGGUGCCCAAACCCCUGUUUCCCGUGGCAGGGGUCCCUAUGAUCCAGCAUCACAUUGAGGCCUGUGCCCAGGUCCCUGGGAUGCAGGAGAUUCUGCUCAUUGGCUUCUACCAACCUGAUGAGCCUCUUACCCGGUUCCUAGAAGCCACCCAGCAAGAGUUUAACCUUCCGGUCAGGUAUCUGCAGGAAUUUGCCCCUCUGGGCACAGGAGGUGGUCUCUACCACUUCCGGGACCAGAUCCUGGCUGGGGGCCCUGAAGCCUUCUUCGUGCUCAAUGCUGACGUCUGCUCUGACUUCCCCUUGAGCGCCAUGUUGGCUGCUCACAGAUACCAACCUCACCCUUUCUUGCUCCUGGGCACCACGGCUAACAGGACACAAUCCCUCAACUACGGCUGCAUCGUAGAGAAUCCACAGACACACGAGGUCCUGCACUAUGUGGAGAAACCCAGCACUUUCGUUAGUGACAUCAUCAACUGCGGCAUCUACCUCUUCUCCCCAGAAGCCCUGAAGCCCCUUCGGGAUGUCUUCCAGCGUAAUCAGCAGGAUGGGCAACUCUGCCUUCCUCUGGGUUGGGUUCAGCUAGGGUACUGUCGUCAGCAUCCCUUCCUCUGCCAGGGAGGACUCUUCAGGCCUGUGGCGGGGGGCAGGCACCAUCCGCCUGGAGCAAGAUGUGUUCUCAGCCCUGGCUGGGCAGGGCCAGAUCUACGUGCACCUCACAGAUGGUAUCUGGAGCCAGAUCAAGUCUGCAGGCUCAGCUCUCUAUGCCUCCCGCCUCUAUCUGGGACAGUACCAGCUCACUCACCCAGAACGCCUGGCCAAGCACUACCAGGGGGGGCCACGGAUCCGAGGUCCUCUCUUCUGCUUCUAGGAAAUGUAUACAUCCACCCAACGGCUAAGGUGGCCCCAUCAGCUGUGCUGGGCCCCAACGUUUCCAUUGGGGAGGGUGUGACUGUGGGCGAGGGUGUGCGGCUCCGAGAGAGCAUUGUCCUCCAUGGAGCCACGCUUCAGGAGCACACGUGUGUCCUGCACAGCAUCGUGGGCUGGGGGAGCACUGUAGGGCGCUGGGCCCGUGUGGAGGGUACCCCCAAUGACCCCAAUCCCAACGACCCCCGAGCCCACAUGGACAGUGAGAGCCUCUUCAAGGAUGGGAAGCUGCUGCCUGCCAUCACCAUCCUAGGCUGCCGAGUCCGGAUCCCUGCUGAGGUGCUCAUCCUGAACUCAAUUGUUCUGCCACACAAGGAGCUGAGCCGAAGCUUUACCAACCAGAUCAUCCUGUGAGGGGAGCUGUCAGAAGGCCCCCCCAAGCCUGACCCCUCCAGCCUCUGUCUAGAAUGGACCUGAGGAAGCCAGGCAGGACCUCUACAUGUCCAGAGCAACGUGGGUGGGCACAGGACUCUGGGCCUCUCCCUCUCCGCUCACUCCCUAAUAAACCCCGUGAACCUUGGAGCCA